AUGAUUUUUGAACUUUGCAGAACAUUGGUGAGGUCUGCAGUCAAGGGAAGCAAUCAAUCAAGAUGGCUCAAGAGACAGCAAACCGUAAGCGAGCAAUUUAUUUCCAUCAUAAGUGUUUUAUAUUUUGUCUUCAUGCAUUGCAAUAAUGUAACAGAAGUGUGGUGGUUCAUGUGGUUGGGCUGAAGUGGUGAUUUUUUAAUUUUUACUCUCCUAUAAAACCAUAGCCCUAUCUGAAUAAAGUACUUAAAAAUGGAGUUACUCAUGUAGCCCAUUCCCUAUCUGAUUGUCUGGCCAAGGGUCCUCCUGAAAAAAGGACUAUUAUUGGUGACUGAGGAACAGUUCAGCAGCUUGAGUCAAAGAGGUCAUCUGAGUAAAGUUAAAAAUUCAUGUGAUAUUUGGUUAGAUACUUGCCAUGAUGUUUUCAUUUGUGUUCAAUACUCAUCUAAGAUAUUGUAGAGGUGAUGGGUCAGUUUUGAUUUUUGGUUAUGUUGAUGUUGUGAAUAAGUCAUUAUAUGAUGCAGGUGGUUCUUUACGUGUGUUUUAAAAGACUGCUCCUAGUUAAUGAAUCAGAUUUUAAAUUUGGGUCAUUUUAUGAAUUAGGUUAAGUCAUUUUUAGAGACAAAAGAGCUUUUGAGGACAACCUUUACCUGGACAAUCAGACUACUUCAUCAAAUGUUGGAUUAAGUACAAUGUUGUGCAAAUAAGCAAGCACAUUUUAAUUUAUCCUUUCUUUACACAGGAUUUGUAUGUAAAAAGGGCCCAUAAGGACAACUAUCGCUGUCGAAGUGCUUACAAAUUGAUUGAGCUCAAUGACAAGUUCCACUUCCUUCAACCAGGAAAAGUUGUGAUUGACUGUGGUGCAAGCCCAGGUAUAGAAUUAACAGUUUUGUUAUUCUGGAGCAUGUUACGAUAAUUUUUAGAUGAGUGAUUGAUCUUAACUUUGUGGUUAGGUUCUUGGACUCAAGUGGCUGUUGACAGAGUGUUAUCACAGAAAUCUGGUUGGUACUCCAAGUCUUCUUAGUUGCUUUAAUGUAUGGAAAUAAUAAAAUCUCUUAAUAAGAGCAAGUGCCAUAGCAAUGCAUGACAGAAUUUAGAGGUCUCAUACAAAAUAGCAUACAAAAUGAUAGGGUGUCAUUUGAAUAAAAGGAUUUAAACAGUGUGGUAAUUUGGUGGGAAGCUCUAAAAUGGGGCUGAUAUUUUACAAUGACACUCUCAGGAAUACCCCUUAUUAUUGUUUAUUAUUAUAAAUGCUUAUUUACUUUUUGACAGGUUACCAACAUGGAGCUGUAAUAUCUGUGGAUUUACAAGGUAUAGAACCAUAAACCAAAUAUCAAGUUCCUGAAGAAGAUACUGCAGGGUUCAAUCUAUAUAAUAAGCUGCAUCAUGCACACAUUGUAAUUGGUUGUUACUUAUGACCUAUUGGAGCACAGACAGAUUGACAAUGUCACCAUUGACAAUUUUUGCUUCUUUACUGUGUAAAACAAACAGAUUCCAUGUUGCAGUGGGUCUGUUCAGGAAUAGAUCACAGAGGCAUCAAAAUGUGGUAAGAAUAUCAGUUACACUCUCUGUAAACUGUGGCUUGUGUGCCAUAUUUUGUUCUUACCACAUUUUAAUGUCAUGUGUAAUCUAUUAAUGAAUAGACGCACGGCAACAUGGAAUCUAUCAUUUUGUGAAACUGAUAAUGAAAAAUGCUAUUAAGCAGUUAUUGGAUGAGGUUGAGCAUGAUAUUAUUAAUUGUCAAAUGAAUGCAGAGGUCUGAGUUACAUGCCAAGGCUGAAGGCUGAGGCAGAUAACCUAGACACUAGGUUUCAUGAUUCAUGAUGUCAUACAAAAACCAGAUUCAAUAAUUGUCUUAUCAUACAUUUUUCAAACAAUCUGCAAAAGAAGAUAGUUCUGUCUGAGUUUGCAAGAGUUCACGAACACUACAUGAAAGAGGGUUUCCUAGAAAAACUGGAUCAAGAUCACCUGAUCACCAGAUCACCGGAUUACUGGAUUACCAGAUCAAGGAUUAAUUAAGGAGGAGAUGACAACGAAUCCAUAUUGACAGUAUUUUCAGUAAACACAAUACUCGAAUUAGAAAGAUAAUAGCCACAGGAGUUGUUUCGAACCUCAGCACUGCGAACAAAUGACAUCACAGAUUUUCACUCUGAUGUGUGAAUGACUCGCAGCCAGUUGUCUGUUUGGUGUCAGUUAACUCAUAAAUGUGACUUUUUCGUUUAACUACUUUUUCACAAGCAGAUGGAAUAUCCAGCUCAAUGUCUAAGAGAAAACCUGGGAAUUAUUUGUUAGAUCGACUAAUGCUUGAGUGGAAAUGCAAAGAAUUGGAAAAUAAUGACGAUUUUGUUUUCCCAUGGCUGUGUUUACAAAUGUUUUGGUGCAGAAAAAGGUUUGCAUGAAUGACAAAAAAAAAAUUCUCUUUUCAUUUCUCUAGUGAAAGAAUAAAAUUACAAAAGUUUGGAUUGUCUUUAAAAUGAAAGUCCCCAAAAACUGCACUGGAAUCAAGAAUAGACAGUUUGCUAUAUCUUCGUAUCUCACUUGUGAUCAAGCGUUCUUGAGGGUAGCAUGAAAGUCGGCAGAUGGGGGAAGGGCAAAAAAACGAAGCCUGUCUGUCAACAGCAGUGUUAUCUUGUGUUAUGCUCUAUCAAUCACCAAAAAUCAUUGGGGCUUGCAGAAAACAUGAUUUAUGUGUAUACUACAAGGGGAAUGUCGUCACUGAAAUCAUCCCAGUUUAUGUAAGCAUUGCUGCUUUUGCAAACCAUGCUCAACUGUUAGUGCAGUUCCCCUGUUGAAACUGAGGAGAAACAGAGAAUCGGCAAUUGUCAAAGUCCUUAAUUUUAUCGGAAGUGAUCAAAAGUGUGGGAGUAAACUUUCUGCCUGCUGUGCUUAUCGGUGGCAAAAUAAGAAAAAACAAUUCUUCCUCAUUAGUCUUCAGUUACUUUCUUUAACUUUCUUUUUUCUUUCUUGUGCAAGACUGAGAACUGAUUCAAUUCUCCAGUGUGUGGUCUUGAGAUUUUUUACUUGUUGCUUCCGUUUAUACUCCAGAGGACUCACAACAACAACUCAGUGGACCGAUGAAACUUUAUCACUUUCCAAAUCAAUGGUCAAGUAACGUCUCUUGUCAAAUCCUAUCAUAUAAACAACUAAACCGUCUUCUUCUAAGCUAGUGGUUCUUCAGAUGCAUUCCAUCUGCUUUUCCUUAAAGGAUAUGUGGUCAGUAAAAAAAUUGAAGAGAUGAAGUUAAAGCAGCCAAAAAUUUGCUAUGUACUCCGGCAGUUGCCAGAAACGGCUUUGUGUUUUGAAAUUACACUGGAAGUCAGAUAUGCAAUGACAUAAUGACAUUCAAAAUGAUUUGGAAAUUUCAUGUGAAAAUAGCAUAUGCAGAGGUGAACCGGCUCUGUAGCUGUCAGUCUUCAAUAGCUGUCCUAAUAGUCGGUAGGCAAAAACUAGCACUUUCAGAAAGUGGUAUGGCUUUUUCAGUAUUUUAAUAUAUUAUAUUUUAUUUGUGCUGAUUUAGUUUGUUCUCUCUCAUUUUCGCUUGAGCAUACAAGAGAUCUUGAUUAAGUCACAUGAGGGAUCAAUCAAUCAUGCCCAUUAAGUUAUUUCAUUUAUUUGAAUCAUUUUGAACUGACCCUUGAUCCUUGAUCCAGCGAUCCUUGAUCCUGUUUUUCCAGGAAGCCCAUCAAAGAAGGGCCUUGGAAACUAUGUAGACUUUGAACUUAACCUGAUAACCCAUUAUUUGCUGCUUAAAUUGGGUUAUCAUGUCAAUUAAUUUCACACACUACUGUAUUGUGAGUGAGUGCUCUGGACCAAUCAGAGUUUUCAUAGGAAGUCUAGUAUAAGAUAAUUCUUGAUAUUAUGCCCAACCUCAUCCAACAAUUGCUAUAUUGGGAUUUUGCUGUUUUAAACAUAUUAAAAAUGUUCACUUGCUGUAUGUCUUAGACAACCAAUAAUGUAAAUCAGUUUUCUAUGCCUCUGUGUAUUGUUAAUAAACCAUUAAUAUAUUGGUCUGUUCGGUCAUAUAAUGUGACUUCCUCUUCCAUUUUUAUUGCUUAUUUGAUAUAAUAAAGACAUUGAAGACAUAGACGGAGCAACUAUAUUUUCAAGAUGUGAUUUUACGAGCACAAGUACACAAAAGAGAAUUCUUACAGUAUUGCCUUCAUCUGGUGCUGAUGUUAUUAUGAGGUACAUCAAAACCAUUAUGGAAUGUUAAAAAAAGAAGAAAAAUUCUCAAGAGUAGAGUAUUUAUGCUACAGUUAACAUCUUCUCCUUUCUAUUUGUGAUAUGUCCCCUCAAUUUCAGGUUUUAUCAAGAGGGAAAAUUUGUCAAAUGUUGAAAAUUAGUUCUCAAUGUGAAAAAAAAAAAAAUCUACCUCUAAAUCUAUCUCUAUAUAACCACCUCCUUGAAAGGAAAUGAAGUAGAAUUGUUGUACACCUUGGCAAGGCAUUCAAAGUAAGGAUAAAUAGGGCCACUUUGUCUGAAUUUAUUUUUCAGUGAUAUGGCUCCAAAUGCAAGUGGAAACCACACAGUGAAUCAUGAAGCUAUCCUGGUAAUUAUUUGAUUAUUUAGAAAAUGUCAAAUCAUUUUUUGAGCAUAAUCACUAACAGGCAGACAUCAGUCGGACACUCCCUAGUGUCUGCCUGUCGAUGGGUGUCUGCUGAACACCAGUUGAUGAAAUGUACAAUUGUAAAUGUUGUGCACAAGAUGUCCUAACACUUAGGCUGCUGGACUUCAGGUUUAAGAUCUGGCAAUGUCAUUGUACUGUGUUCCAAGGCAACACACUCCAUUCUCACAGUGCCUCUCGCCACCCAGUAGUAUAAAAGGGUACAGGCAAAGAGUCAGGAAGCCUGAUCAAAUGUGUAGUGGUAACCUGUGCUGGACUAGCAUCCCAUCCAGGGGGGGAGUAGCAGUAUUCUUAGGAGCUUCACACUAUGAAGACUGGUGUAAGCUGUAGAACCUUGUUGGUUGCUUAUAUGGUGGGGACACUUUUGUUUAUUCCCCAAAGUAAGGCUUUCCACAAAGACCUGGGAAUAAUUGAAGUUUGAGAGGAGUCAUUACAAGAUAUUUAAGCAACUUAAGAUUAUUUUAAAUUUAAAUUAGCAUUAAUUUUGUAACUUUUUUGGCUAAACCCUGUGUUUCUCUCUGUUAUCACUGAAACAAUUUUCAGUUAUUUGCCAGAAAAAUUCAGUCUACAAUUUCCCACUUGAAUGAAAUAUUCUCCAUUAAUGAGAGCAAAAACAUUUUCCCAAAAUGGGAGAUGUGGCUAUAUCAACAAGCCUUAACUUCCUUUUCCACAAAAAAAUAUUCAGAUACUUUUUCACCCUCAACACAUGUUAAAAUUUUGGCUCUAGUGAUUCAAAAAUAUCAUAAGACAGUUAAAAACUGUUCUGUGAGAAUUUUAGUAAGGAUAUACAUGUAAUGGCAGCUUUGCAUGAAACCCACCAUGGGUUACUUGUCAGCAAAAUAAGUCUACUUUAGAAUUUAAGGAAACCUAAAAUAGUUUGAAUUAUCAGCAAGCUAUAUCAUUGUGAAAGCCAAUAUUGAUGAUUACAAAUGUUUCACCAAAUUUUGUUGUCUUUAGGGUCUGUGUGAGUCAGCCUUGGAUUUUAGCAAAUCAGUUUUGAAGCCCUGUGGGAUUUUUCUUUGUAAACUAUGGGAUGGAUAUGGUACAAAAGGUAAUUGAGAAGUUUUUUUGGUAACUGUAGUUGAUUGCACAAAUGACCAAUAUGACAACUGAGGGUUACUAACUUACUGAUUUUAUAGUGCUUAUAACAACUUCACGUAAUAGAGAGCUCAGUGAAAAAAUAGAGGAUCUCUUACCUCAAACUUAUUUAUCUGAAAUUUUUGUUGCUAAUGGUAUUCAGGCAAUCUUUCUUUUGUGACAGUUGUGACACACACACACACACACACACACACACACAUGUAGACAUUUAGUAAGUGAAGUAGGUGAAUUCCAAGUACCAGUGGUAUCAUUAUCAUAUCAUUAUCUUCAAGAGCAAGCUAAUGGUAUCACAGUUUACUUAACCAUCUCAGGUAUUCUGUCAUUCAGUUUAGCUUUAUCACUUUGACCAAAACAUAAAAACUGCUCAGUGUCUUGAGACAUCUGAAUUGGCAGAAAAUAAAAAUCAUCACUACUACCUUAAGUAACUAUCUGUGAAAACCAUCGGAACACAGGGUAUUGUAAAAAAACAAAUAUAUUAAGAAAUGUUUAUGUCUAAGUUGGGGUUUAAUUUUUCAGAUUUUAUCAAUACACUGGAAAAAAAUUUCCAUCAAGUUCGGAAAUGUAAACCUCAAGCAAGCAGAAGGGAAUCAGCAGAGAUUUAUCUUUAUGCAGAAAACUUUAAAAAAUAA